UCAAAUGGCUGGAAAAUAAAAGUUCAUAGAUUAAAGACGGCCAAAAUAAUAUGUUAUUUUUUGUGUUUUAUUUUUCAGGUCAAAACUGUGGAGGCUUAGUACAGGGUCCAAAUGGCACCAUCGAGAGUCCAGGAUUUCCUCAUGGUUAUCCAAACUACGCUAACUGUACCUGGAUCAUUAUCACAGGAGAACGCAAUAGGAUACAAUUGUCUUUUCAUACUUUUGCUCUUGAAGAAGAUUUUGAUAUUUUAUCAGUUUACGAUGGACAGCCCCAACAAGGGAAUUUAAAAGUGAGAUUAUCAGGAUUUCAGCUGCCCUCCUCCAUAGUGAGCACAGGAUCUAUCCUCACUCUGUGGUUCACGACAGACUUUGCUGUGAGUGCCCAAGGUUUUAAAGCCCUGUAUGAAGUUUUACCUAGCCAUACAUGUGGAAAUCCUGGGGAGAUAUUAAAAGGAGUUCUCCACGGAACGAGAUUCAACAUAGGGGACAAAAUCCGAUACAGCUGUCUCUCUGGUUAUAUCUUGGAAGGACAUGCAAUUCUGACCUGCAUCGUUAGCCCUGGGAAUGGUGCAUCAUGGGAUUUUCCAGCUCCAUUUUGCAGAGCUGAGGGGGCUUGUGGAGGAACCUUACGUGGAACAAGCAGCACCAUUUCCAGCCCUCACUUCCCUUCAGAAUACGAAAACAACGCUGACUGUACAUGGACCAUUCUUGCCGAGCCAGGGGACACCAUUGCUUUAGUCUUCACUGACUUUCAACUAGAAGAAGGAUAUGACUUCCUAGAGAUCAGUGGAACAGAAGCACCAUCUAUAUGGCUGACGGGCAUGAAUCUUCCUUCUCCUGUUAUCAGUAGCAAGAAUUGGUUACGACUCCACUUCACGUCUGACAGUAACCAUCGCCGCAAAGGCUUUAGUGCUCAGUUUCAAGUGAAAAAGGCAAUUGAAUUGAAGUCAAGAGGAGUCAAGAUGCUGCCCAGCAAGGACAGUAGCCAUAAAAACUCUGUCCUGAGUCAAGGAGGUGUUGCUUUGGUCUCUGACAUGUGUCCAGAUCCUGGAAUUCCAGAAAAUGGCAGGAGAGCAGGCUCUGACUUCAGGGUUGGUGCAAAUGUCCAGUUCUCCUGUGAGGACAGUUAUGUGCUCCAGGGCUCCAAGAGCCUCACCUGUCAGAGGGUCACAGAGACACUCGCUGCGUGGAGUGAUCACCGGCCAAUCUGCCGAGCUAGAACAUGUGGAUCCAAUCUACGUGGACCCAGUGGCAUCAUUACGUCCCCCAAUUACCCGGUACAAUAUGAAGACAACGCGCACUGUGUCUGGGUUAUCACUACCACGGAUCCAGACAAGGUCAUCAAGCUUGCCUUUGAAGAGUUUGAACUGGAACGAGGAUAUGACACCCUUACAGUAGGAGACGCUGGGAAAGUGGGUGACACCAGGACAGUCUUAUAUGUAUUGACUGGAUCCAGUGUUCCUGAUCUCAUCGUGAGUAUGAGUAACCAGAUGUGGUUACAUCUACAGUCUGACGACAGCAUUGGCUCCCCUGGAUUUAAAGCUGUUUACCAAGAAAUCGAAAAGGGAGGAUGUGGAGACCCAGGAAUUCCUGCCUAUGGGAAACGGACAGGCAGUCGUUUUCUCCAUGGAGACGCCCUGACCUUUGAAUGCCAGGCUGCCUUUGAGUUGGUGGGGGAGAGAGUUAUCACCUGUCAGCAGAACAAUCAGUGGUCAGGCAACAAGCCCAGUUGUGUAUUUUCAUGCUUCUUCAACUUUACUGCGCCGUCAGGGAUUAUUCUCUCCCCAAACUAUCCAGAGGAAUACGGGAACAACAUGAACUGCGUUUGGUUGAUUAUAUCUGAGCCAGGAAGCAGAAUUCACCUCAUUUUUAAUGAUUUUGAUGUGGAACCUCAGUUUGACUUCCUUGCAGUCAAAGAUGACGGGAUUUCUGAUAUAACAGUUCUUGGAACUUUUUCUGGCAAUGAAGUACCUUCCCAGCUGGCCAGCAGUGGGCACAUCGUCCGUCUGGAAUUUCAGUCUGAUCACUCCACUACUGGCAGAGGGUUCAACAUCACGUACACAACAUUUGGUCAGAAUGAGUGCCAUGAUCCUGGCAUUCCCAUAAAUGGACGACGUUUUGGUGAUAGGUUUCUGCUUGGGAGUUCCGUUUCUUUCCACUGUGACGACGGCUUUGUCAAAACCCAGGGGUCGGAGUCCAUCACGUGCAUCCUGCAGGACGGAAACGUUGUUUGGAGUUCCACCGUUCCCCGCUGUGAAGCACCAUGUGGUGGACAUUUGACGGCUUCAAGUGGAGUUAUUUUGCCUCCUGGAUGGCCGGGAUAUUAUAAAGAUUCUUUAAAUUGUGAAUGGAUAAUUGAAGCAAAACCAGGACACUCUAUCAAAAUAACUUUUGAUAGAUUUCAGACUGAAGUCAAUUAUGACAUACUAGAAGUCAGAGAUGGACCAGCAAAUUCCUCCCCACUGAUUGGAGAAUACCAUGGCACACAAGCACCACAGUUCCUCAUAAGUACAGGGAAUUUUAUGUACCUACUUUUCACCACAGACAAUAGCCGCUCCAGCGUUGGCUUCCUCAUUCACUAUGAAAGUGUGACCUUAGAGUCAGAUUCUUGCCUUGAUCCGGGCAUUCCUGUGAAUGGUCAUCGUCAUGGCAAUAAUUUUGGCAUCAGGUCUACCGUGACUUUCAGCUGCGAUGCAGGAUAUACACUAAGCGAUGAUGAACCCCUGAUCUGUGAGAGGAACCAUCAGUGGAACCAUGCGUUACCUAGCUGCGAUGCCCUGUGUGGAGGCUACAUACAUGGGAAGAGUGGAACAGUCCUUUCUCCUGGAUUUCCAGAUUUCUAUCCAAACUCCCUAAACUGUACGUGGACCGUCGAAGUGUCUCAUGGAAAGGGAGUUCAGAUGAUCUUUCACACUUUUCACCUCGAGAGUUCCCAUGACUAUUUACUGAUCACGGAGGAUGGAAGUUUUACAGAGCCUGUCGCCAGACUCACUGGUUCUGUAUUGCCCCAUACUAUUAAGGCAGGUCUCUUUGGAAAUUUCACUGCCCAGCUUCGGUUCAUAUCAGACUUUUCAAUUUCGUAUGAAGGCUUCAACAUCACAUUUUCAGAAUAUGACUUAGAGCCGUGUGAUGAUCCUGGUGUCCCUGCCUUCAGCCGAAGGAUCGGUUUUCAUUUUGGAGUUGGAGACUCUCUGACUUUCUCCUGCUUCCCAGGAUAUCGCCUAGAAGGUGCAACCAAGCUUAUCUGCCUGGGUGGGGGCCGUCGUGUGUGGAGUGCACCUCUGCCAAGGUGUGUGGCUGAAUGUGGAGCAAGUGUCAAAGGAAAUGAAGGAACAUUACUGUCUCCAAAUUUCCCAUCCAAUUACGAUAAUAACCAUGAGUGUAUCUAUAAAAUAGAAACGGAAGCUGGCAAGGGGAUCCAUCUCAGAGCCCGAAGCUUUCAGCUCUUUGAAGGGGAUAUUCUAAAGGUAUAUGAUGGAAAAGAUAGUUCAUCGCGUCCGCUGGGAGCCUUCACGAGAAAUGAAAUGCUGGGGCUGUUUCUAAAUAGCACGUCUAACCACUUGUGGCUGGAAUUCAAUACCAAUGGAUCUGACACCGACCAAGGUUUUCAGCUCACUUACACUAGUUUUGAUCUAGUAAAAUGUGAAGAGCCAGGAAUCCCUAACUACGGCUAUAAGAUCCGAGAUGAAGGCCACUUCACUGACACGGUGGUUGUCUACAGCUGCAAUCCAGGGUACGCCAUGCACGGCAGCGGUACGCUGACCUGCCUGAGUGGAGACAGGAGGGUAUGGGAUAAGCCAUUGCCAUCUUGCAUAGCGGAAUGCGGUGGUCAGAUCCAUGUGGCCACUUCGGGGCGCAUAUUGUCCCCAGGGUACCCAGCUCCCUAUGACCACAAUCUUCACUGCACUUGGAUUAUAGAAGCCGACCCAGGAAAGACCAUCAGCCUUCAUUUCAUCGUUUUUGACACUGAGAUGGCGCACGAUAUCCUCAAGGUCUGGGAUGGGCCAGUAGACAGCAACAUCCUGCUGAAGGAGUGGAGUGGCUCUGCCCUUCCUGAAGACAUCCACAGCACCUUCAACUCCCUCACCCUGCAGUUUGACAGUGACUUCUUCAUCAGCAAGUCGGGCUUUUCCAUUCAGUUCUCAACAACGAUUGCGUCCACCUGCAACGAUCCAGGUAUGCCUCAGAACGGCACCCGUUAUGGAGACAGUAGAGAACCUGGGGACACCAUCACAUUCCAGUGUGACCCCGGGUACCAGCUCCAAGGGCAAGCUAAAAUCACCUGUGUGCAGUUAAAUAACCGAUUCUUUUGGCAACCAGAUCCUCCUACGUGCAUAGUGGUGGCGAAGCUCUCAUGGGUCCUGAAGAGCUAUGCUGCACAGCUUUUAACUUCUUACAAAAAACGCAAGCAAGCCACCAACCAACCAACCAACCAAACAAGAAUUAAGAUCCCUUCCAUCAUGGAGUUUACGUUCAUUUCUUUCACAGAGAAACCACGGGAAGCAUGUUUUGAUCCUGGAAAUAUAAUGAAUGGGACAAGAAUUGGAACGGACUUCAAACUUGGCUCAACAGUUACUUACCAGUGUGACUCUGGAUAUAAGAUUGUUGACCCCUCAUCCAUCACCUGUGUGAUUGGUGCAGAUGGAAAACCAGCCUGGAACAGAGUCUUGCCUUCCUGUAAUGCUCCCUGUGGAGGCCAGUACACUGGAUCAGAUGGGGUUGUAUUGUCACCGAACUACCCUCAGAAUUACACAGCUGGUCAAAUAUGCCUCUAUUCAAUAACGGUACCGAAGGAAUUUGUGGUGUUUGGACAGUUUGUCUAUUUUCAGACGGCUCUGAAUGAUUUGGCAGAGUUAUUCGAUGGAACACAUCCACAGGCCAGACUUCUCAGCUCACUCUCUGGGUCUCAUUCAGGGGAAACCCUGCCUUUGGCUACGUCAAAUCAAAUUCUACUCCGAUUCAGCGCAAAAAGUGGUGCAUCUGCCAGGGGGUUCCAUUUCGUUUACCAAGGUAAAUAUUGUUUGGGAUUUUAUGGGGGUCUUCUUGUAAUAAUGCACAUACGACUAUAUUCAGAAAAAAGUACUAAAAGUAUCUGGGUUGUAUUUUUAACACCAUGUGUACAGCUGGGAGAGAGUGCAGGAAACAGUAUUUAUGCCUAUGAAUGUCACAUCUUAUCUGCGGUAGGUCUGGCCGCGUGCCCAGAACCAGCCCUUCCCAGCAAUGGCAUAAAAACUGGAGAUCGAUACAUGGUGAACGACGUGCUGUCCUUUCAGUGUGAGCCCGGCUACACGUUGCAGGGUCGCUCCCAUAUUUCUUGCAUGCCAGGAACUGUUCGACGUUGGAACUAUCCUUCUCCCCUUUGCAUUGCCACGUGCGGAGGGACCUUGAGCAGUAUGAGCGGGGUGAUCCUGAGCCCCGGGUUUCCAAGCGCUUACCCCAACAACUUAGACUGCACCUGGAAGAUAGCGCUGCCCAUUGGCUACGGUUCCCAUAUUCAGUUUCUGAAUUUUUCUACUGAAGCUAAUCAUGACUACCUUGAAAUUCAGAAUGGACCGUAUCACACCAGUCCUCUGAUUGGGCAGUUCAGUGGCUCGGAUCUACCCUCAGCACUGCUGAGUACAACCCAUGAAACGCUCAUCCACUUCUACAGUGAUCAUUCGCAAAACCGGCAAGGAUUUAAACUUGCUUAUCAAGGUAAGACUUACACGACUGAAAUCAUUUCUCCUUGUGGAUAUAAUGUCACAUCUCAGAAUGGUACCAUUUAUUCCCCUGGAUUUCCUGAUGAAUAUCCAAUUCUGAAGGACUGCAUUUGGCUCAUCACUGUGCCUCAGGGCCAUGGAGUUUACAUCAACUUCACCUUGCUGCAGACUGAAGCUGUUAAUGAUUACAUUGCUGUUUGGGAUGGUCCCGACCAGAACUCACCUCAGCUAGGAGUUUUCAGUGGAAACACAGCCCUAGAAACAGCGUAUAGUUCAACCAAUCAAGUCCUGCUCAAGUUUCACAGUGACUUUUCAAAUGGAGGUUUCUUCGUCCUCAAUUUUCAUGCAUUUCAGCUGAAGAAGUGUCAGCCUCCUCCAGCAGUUCCACGGGCAGACAUACAUACUGAGGAUGAGGAUUUUGAAAUAGGAGAUUUUGUGAAGUACCAGUGCCAUCCUGGGUAUACCUUGUCAGGGACCGACACGCUGACCUGCAAGCUAAGCUCCCAGUUGCAGUUUGAAGGUUCUCUCCCAACAUGUGAAGCGCAAUGCCCAGCAAAUGAAGUCCGCACAGAAUCAUCUGGAGUGAUCCUCAGUCCAGGAUACCCAGGCAACUAUUUUAACUCCCAGACGUGCUCUUGGAGUAUUAAAGUGGAACCAAACUAUAACAUUACCAUCUUUGUGGAUACAUUUCAAAGUGAAAAGCAGUUUGAUGCACUGGAAGUAUUUGACGGUUCUUCUGGGCAAAGUCCUCUGUUAGUAGUCUUAAGCGGGAACCAUACUGAACAAUCAAAUUUUACAAGCAAGAGUCAUCAGUUAUAUCUCCGCUGGUCCACUGACCACGCAACCAGUAAAAAAGGAUUCAAGAUUCGUUAUGCAGCUGUGUCCUGUGGAAUUCCAGAGUCCCCAGGAAAUGGUUCAUUUACGGGUAAUGAGUUCACUUUGGGCAGUAAAUUGAUAUAUGAAUGUAAUGAGGGCUUUAAGCUUGAAGCCAGUCAACAGGCAACAGCAGUGUGUCAAGAAGAUGGACUGUGGAGUAACAAAGGGAAGCCACCUACUUGUAAACCGGUAACUUGCCCUAGUCUUGAAGCUCAGCUCUCAGAACACGUCAUCUGGAGACUGGUUUCCGGAUCACUGAAUGAGUAUGGAGCCCAAGUCGUGCUGAGCUGCAGUCCUGGUUAUUAUUUAGAGGGGAGAAGGCUCGUCCAGUGCCAAGCUAAUGGAACAUGGAGCAUAGCGGAAGAGAGGCCGAGUUGUAGGGUGAGUGACCACUUCUUACCUGACAACAAUACUGACUUAUAUUCUUCUACAGCCAUUACAUGUGGUCACCCUGGAAAUCCUGCCCAUGGAUUCACGAAUGGCAGUGAGUUCAACCUGAAUGAUGUCGUGAACUUCACUUGCAACACUGGCUACUUGCUGCAGGGUGCAUCUCGAGCCCAGUGUCGGAGCAACGGACAAUGGAGUAGCUCUUUGCCUACUUGUCGAGUGGUGAACUGUUCAGAUCCAGGCUUUGUGGAAAACGCCAUCCGUCAGGGGCAACAGGAUUUCCCCGAGAGUUUUGAAUAUGGGAUGAGCAUCAUGUAUCACUGCAAGAAGGGAUUUUACUUGUUGGGAUCAUCUGCCUUAACCUGCAUGGCAAAUGGCUUAUGGGAUCGUUCUUUACCCAAGUGUUUGGCUAUAUCAUGUGGACACCCAGGUGUUCCUGCCAAUGCUAUCCUAACUGGAGAGCUGUUCACAUAUGGAACCGUAGUUCACUACUCAUGCAAAGGAAGCCGGAGUCUUAUAGGCAACAACACUAGAGUUUGCCAAGAAGACAGUCACUGGAGUGGAACACUACCCCACUGUACAGGAAAUAAUCCUGGAUUUUGUGGUGAUCCAGGGACCCCGGCCCAUGGCUCCAGGCUUGGGGAUGAAUUUAAGACCAAAAGCCUCCUCCGUUUUUCCUGUGAAAUGGGUUACCAGCUGAGGGGCUCCACUGAGCGAACAUGUUUGCCUCAUGGUUCAUGGUCAGGACUGCAGCCUGUGUGUGAAGCUGUGUCCUGUGGCAAUCCUGGCACCCCCACCAAUGGCAUGAUUGUCAGUAGCGAUGGGAUACUGUUCUCCAGCUCGGUCAUCUAUGCUUGUUGGGAAGGCUAUAAGACCUCAGGGCUGAUGACUCGGCACUGCACAGCCAACGGAACCUGGACGGGCACAGCUCCGGACUGCACAGUUAUAAGUUGUGGUGAUCCAGGUACGCUGGCAAAUGGCAUCCAGUUUGGGACUGAUUUCACGUUCAAUAAGACUGUUAGCUAUCAGUGUAAUCCUGGCUAUUUUAUGGAACCCGUCACUUCAUCCACUAUUCGUUGUACUAAAGACGGUGCGUGGAAUCAGAGCAAGCCUGUCUGCAAAGCUGUCAUGUGCAGUCAGCCUCCUCAAGUACAGCAUGGAAAAGUGGAGGGGACUGAUUUCCACUGGGGCUCCAGUGUGAGUUACAGCUGUGCUGAUGGCUACCAGCUUUCUCACUCAUCCAUCCUCUCCUGUGAAGGCCAUGGGGUGUGGAAAGGAGAGAUUCCUCAGUGUCUGCCUGUGUUCUGUGGAGACCCUGGCACUCCGGCAGAGGGAAGACUUAUUGGGAAAAGUUUCACCUAUAAGUCUGAAGUCUUCUCCCAGUGUAAAUCUCCCUUUAUACUAGUGGGAUCUUCAAGAAGAAUCUGUCAAGCCGAUGGCAUGUGGAGUGGCAUACAACCCACGUGUAUAGAUCCUGCUCAUAACACCUGCCCAGAUCCUGGUACCCCACAUUUUGGAAUACAGAAUAGCUCUAGAGGAUAUGAGGUUGGAAGCAUGGUGUUUUUCAGGUGCAGGAAAGGUUACCAUAUUCAAGGUUCAACAACUAGAACUUGCCUUGCAAAUUUAACGUGGAGUGGAAUACAGACUGAGUGCAUACCUCAUGCCUGCAGACAGCCAGAAACCCCAGCCCAUGCGGAUGUGAGAGCAAUAGAUCUUCCUACUUUUGGUUACACUUUGGUGUACACUUGCCAUCCAGGAUUUUUCCUUGCGGGUGGAUCUGAACACAGGACUUGUAAGCCGGAUAUGAAAUGGACAGGAAAAUCUCCUGUUUGUAAAAGUAAAGGAGUGAGAGAAGUUAAUGAAACAGUUACUAAAACUCCAGUUCCUUCAGAUGUAUUUUUCAUCAAUUCAGUAUGGAAGGGAUAUUAUGAAUAUUUAGGGAAAAGACAACCUGCAACUUUAACAGUUGACUGGUUCAAUGCAACAAGCAGUAAGGUCAAUGCGACUUUCCUUGAAACUUCUCAAGUGGAGCUGAAAUUGACAGGAGUUUACAAGAAGGAGGAAGCCCACUUACUUCUGAAAGCUAUUCAGAUUAAAGGUCCGGUGGAUAUUUUCGUAAGCAAGUUUGAAAAUGACAACUGGGGAUUAGAUGGUUACGUAUCAUCGGGACUUGAAAGAGGAGGAUUUACUUUUCAAGGUGAUGUACAUGGAAAAGACUUUGGAAAAUUCAAACUAGAAAGACAAGGUAAACUGCAUUUAAGAACCAGACCAAAAGUUCAGUACAAUGGCUAUGCCGGACAUGAAAACAGCAAUGGACAAGCUUCAUUUGAAAACCCCAUGUAUGAUACAAACUUAAAACCCACAGAAGCGAAGGCUGUGCGGUUUGACACGACUCUGAACACAGUCUGCACAGUGGUAUAG